AUGGUUAAGAAACAUAGUGGUGCUUUCUAUCGGCAAAAAAAGAAAGAAAAUGCUUCUGAAACUGCCAAAGUAUUAGCUAAAACGCCUAAACUGUACAAUUAUUUUCAACAAAAUCCUCCAAAUCUUACAAGAGAGAAUGUCCAGAAUGAUAACCAUAGUUUGAGUAAUGAUAACGCUGUUUCACAACACUGCUCUAGUGCUCAUUCCCCUGAUCUUACUAUUGAUAACAAAGUUAAUGAUCUAUCAAGAACUGAAGAAAACCAUUAUAUUAUUGAUGAAGUACAUGAAAACCUAGUAACUGUUAUUCCUAGAGAUGAUCCAACAUUGUGGAUAGUGAAUGAAACAACCAAAGAUUAUUUUUCAUUUAAUGGCUUUAAUCAAAACCUGGAAAACAAUGAUUUUUCAAAAUCAAAAAGACUUUCUACAAAACGAAUGCGGGGUGCUCAGCGUUCCUAUUAUAGAUAUUUCAGUCUUAAGUUUAUAAAAACUAAGUUAAUAAAUAAUGAACCAUUCAAUCGUACAUUUUUGGUAUAUUCGAAUAGUACCGGUAAUGUUUAUUGUGCACCUUGUCGAUUAUUUGGGAGUAAAUCAGUUUUUGCUACAGUUGGUUUUAGUAACUGGAAGAAAGGAGAAGAAAAAAUAUCACAGCAUGAAAAUUCGAUUUCACAUAAAUCUUGUGUUCUUAAAAUGUCUCAAAGAGGUUCUGUAUUAGAACGAAUUGAUAAACAACUUAUUUUACAAGUAGAAACAGAAAAAAUGUAUUGGGAAAAAGUGUUGACAAGAGUAGCAGCUGUUGUAAAAUCGUUGAGUUCCAGAGGACUUCCAUUGAGAGGACAUGAUGAUAAAUUUGGUUCUACUCAUAGUGGAAAUUUUAUAAUGAGCUUAGAGCUCAUAGCUGAAUUUGAUCCAUUUCUUUCCAAUCAUAUUGCACAAUAUGCCAAUAAAGGAAAAGGAAGCACAUCUUAUUUAUCUUUUGCAACUUUUGAACAAUUUGUUUACAUUAUGGCUGAAAAAGUAAAAGAAACUAUAGUCAAUGAAAUUAAAGAUGCAAAAUAUUUCUCUAUAGUAGUAGAUUCAACGCCUGACAUUUCUCAUACCGAUCAAUUGUCAUUAAUAUUCAGAUAUGUAAAAAAGAAUGGUGAACCUGUUGAAAGAUUUUUACAGUUUUUUGCCAAUGCUGGACAUAAGUCUGAAGAUAUGGCUGAUGCAAUUUUUAUGGCGUUAGGAGCAAAUGAUCUGAAUAUUAAAAAUUGCCGUGGCCAGUCAUACGAUAACGCAUCUAAUAUGUCAGGCAUGUACUCAGGACUUCAGGCAAGAAUAAAAGAAGCGUGUAUCCAUGCAGUUUACAUUCCUUGUGCUGCACAUUCAUUAAACUUAGUUGGUGAAUGUGCAGCCAGUUGCUGUACACAGAGAUUAUCAGACACUCGGUGGUCUGCACGCCAUGAUGCUUGUCUAAGUCUAUCUCGAAAUUGGAAUGAAAUUAUAAAAGCUUUAAAUAUAAUUAUACAUAGUUCAACAGAAAAAUCAACAACCAAAUGUGAAGCCAAAGGUUUAUUGAAAAAUCUGAAAAGUUUAGAAAUGGGUAUACUAACAACACUUUGGAAUGAUAUAUUGGAAAGAUUCAACUGUAUUAGUAAAAAACUGCAGAGUGUUCACAUUGAUUUAACAACAGUUGUGACUUUGUACAAAUCAUUAAUAUAUUAUAUUCAAGACUUACGAAAUAGUUUUGCAUUCUAUGAAAAAUUGGGUAAAGAAAAAUCUGGUGUAGAUUAA